AUGAACAAUUUGCGAAUGAGGCCAUCAUCAUUGUUAAUGCAUGAGGAUGAGAACGAUCAUUCGGGAUUACAUGAAGAGGAUGAUCAUUACGAGGAAGAAGAGAGAAACGGUACAAUGAUGGAUACUAAUGAGGAGUCAUCGGAUUCUAGAAAACAAACCUCUUCGUCCGGAUCCUCGUUUCAUCAAUUGGCAUCCAUGAUUCCACCCUUCGCCCGAGAUGUUCGAUUGAUAUUGAAUAAAUUCGUGGAAUUGAAUACGACAUCACUCCGAGAGUUUAAAACAUUGUGGAUGUCUCUUAAAUUUUCGUACAUUCAUGAAGGACGGCCUGAUGAAGUAAAUUAUGAGACUUACAUCCAAGAAGUGUAUACGACUUGCAUUGGGUAUUUAAUGUUCUCGCAAGAAAAACCUUCAAAUCAAACAAAUAAUUCAGAUCAUAACUAUGAAGGAACAUCAUCUACCGAGUUAUCAAUGAACUUUAGAUGUAGAAUUGGAGUUAUUUAUUUAUUGUACUAUCUGUAUUGCACACAGCCAAAACGAAAAAUUGGAGCCUUUCCACAAAAACGCGUCCAAAUCAAAAUAUCAAUUGAAGCUUUUAAAGAAAUGUUAAAAUUGUUGCAGGAGUUUAUUAAGAAAGAUUUAACAGAACCAUUCAUUGUAUGGCAUCGAUUAAAAAGCCUCUCUGCAUUUGAAUAUUGUGCCAUGGUGUACGUGGAUCCACUGAUGAGCUCCCUGCGGAAUCCUUAUGACAAUGUUGAGGAAGAAAUGUUGACAGAUGAAAGAGCAAAUAUUGCUAAAACAAACCACACACCAAAUAUUGACUACAAUGCCUUAAAAACAAUUGACGAUUCUUAUCAAUCGGUUAAAAACGACAUUAUAAGCGCCACUGAAAGAGCUCGUGAUAAUAUCACUCAUCAAUACAAUCCAGUGGUUGGAACUAUCUCUGUCAAGCAUGCAUUGAGUUUAACAAAGCCAAAUUUUGUUGAGGAUUUGAAGAAUGCAGCAUCAGAAAUCGCAUUAAAUCCAGAGCAGAAAAUAACUCAAUUUUUGGACAAGUACGAAAACGAUCCUGCUGGCUCUUCAUUAAUCAAGAAAAGACGAAGAAAGAAACGAGUCGUCAAGAAGAAGGAGGAAGAACAAAUUAGACCAAGACCUAGCACGAAGAAGACCCCUUCUAAAGCCUCUCUGGAGGUUAGUCGAUCUGUGAAUGAUUUUAUUACUUCAAAUAUUAAUGAUGAUAUUGAGGAAGGAGGCCAAAAGAAGAAAAAGAAAUCAAAAGACUCGACUGAAGAAGGAAAAAAAAAGAGAAAAAAAUCCAAAGACGAAAACAAUGACGAAACUCAAGAACCCAAAAAAAAGAAAAAGAAGAGAGAAAAGAAGAACAAAGAGGAAAUAACCGAAAAUGGAAAUGAGGAAGACGAAAAAGCAAAGAAAACAAAAAAGAAAUCCAAGAAAGCAAAAGAUGAAGACAACAACAACGAUAGUGACCAAGAAAAGUCAAAGAAAAAAAAAGAUAAACAGGAGAAAGAGAAAAAGAAGAAAUCAAAAAAGAGCAAAAAGAACAAUGAAGAAGAAACCAAAGAUGACAGCUCAAGCAAGAGAAAGAAGGACAAAGAAGAAUCUUCUGCAUCUGAAAAUCCACCACCUCGAAGAUCUUCCAGAAUAAUUAAGAAAAAGAAAUAUGACAGUGAUACCGAAUAA